AUGUUUGCCCUCAGUUUCUCAGACCCUCUACUCAGUUUCUCGCUCAUUUCCCCCCCCCAUUUCCGCCUCUUCUUCCCCUCGUUUCCGCCCCUUCUUCCCCUCAUUUCCGCCCCUUCUUCCCCUCAUUUCCGCCCUCCUUCCCCUCGUUUUCCCCCUUCCUUCCCCUCGUUUCCCCCAUCCUUUCCCUCAUUUCCCCCCAUCCUUUCCCUCAUUUCCUCCCAUCCUUUCCCUCAUUUCUCCCCCUCCUUCCCCUCAUUUCUCCCCCUGCUUCCCCUCUUUUCCGCCCCUGCUUCCUCUUAUUUCCCCCGCUCCUUCCCCUCAUUGGAUUUCCCCCCCUGCUUUCCCUCAUUUCCCACCCACCUUCCCCUCAUGUCCGCCCCUGCUUCCCCUCAUUUCUGCCCCUCCUUCCCCUCGUUUCCUCCCCUCCGUCCCCUCAUUUCUCCCCCUACUUCCCCUCAUUUCCCGCCCUCCUUCCCCUCAGUCCCUGGUUCCCCUCAUUUCCCCAACUCCUUCCCUUCAUUUCGUCCCCACCUUUCCCGUCAUUCCAUGGUUCCCCUCAUUUCCCCCCUCCGUCCCGUCAUUUCCCCCACUCCUUCCCUUCAUUUCCGCCCCUCCUUUCCCCACUCAGUUGCCACCACGGCUCAUUCGCUGCCUCUCCGAUUAGGCGCCAGUUGGCUCGUCCUCAUUGGCUCGGCUGUUCCGGACACGUCAGCCACGCCAGCGGACACGUCAGCGACGAAGAUCAAGUUCGGGCGGUGGGAUUUGGACCCGCGAGAGGUAUUCGCUGAGACGAAGCUGUCCCUCGCUAUAGUCAACUUCAAGCCCGUCGUGAAAGGUCAUGUGCUCGUGCUGCCCCGGCGCGUGGUGCCACGUUACAAGGACAUGACUCCCGAGGAGGUCACAGACAUGUGGCUGCUGGCGCAGAGGAUCGGACAGGCCUUUGAACCCCACCACGGCUGCACAUCAUCCACGUAUACUGUUCAGGACGGACCAGCAGCAGGGCAGACAGUGGCGCAUGUGCACGUGCACGUCAUGCCACGGAGAGAAGGGGACUUCGUACCGAAUGAUAAGAUUUAUAAUGAGAUUGAGGAGAAUGAGAAGGAGGCGAAGAAGCUGAGGAUGGAUGCAGAGGAGAAGAGACCAGCCCGCACAAUGGAUGACAUGGAAGCUGAAGCCAAGGAGUUAAGACGGGUACUGGAGGAGUUUGAGAAGAAGGGGGAGGAGAAGGGAGAGGAAAAGGGAGAGAAGGGAGAGAAGUGA